AGCGCCAGGAUUGAGACUCCUGGCGCCCCGCUCCACUCCAGAGUUCAUCACCACUACCACCACCACCAUCACCACCAUCACCACCACCUCCACCAUCACCACCUACACCACCACCACCAUCACCACCAUCACCACCAUCACCAUCACCACCUCCACCACCUCCAUCACCUCCAUCCACCACCACCUCCAUCCACCACCUCCACCACCAUCACCACCUCCACCACCUCCUCCACCACCACCUCCUCCACCACCUCCAUCCACCACCUCCACCACCACCACCUCCUCCAUCCACCACCACCACCUCCACCACCAUCACCACCUCCACCACCACCACCGCCUCCACCACCAUCACCAGCUCCACCACCACCUCCUCCAUCCACCACCACCACCACCUCCACCACCUCCACGACCACGGGCUUACAAUUCGCUGGGCGAGCCGUACCAUGUCCGAGGCGUGGACCCUGAAGGAGAUGGAGGCGCUGGGUGGUGAGAACGGCGACGACCACGACGGCGGAGGAGAGAAGGUCGUGGAGGACUCUCUGAGCGUCAUAAUCAACCAACUCCGCAACCUGGGACAGAGCGGAGGGGACGAGUCGGAGCUCUACAUCCAAAGCGCCGUCCCUCCGAGCCCGUACAGCACCCUGCCUCGCCAGUGGAGCCAGCACCUCCCUGCGCCAGCCGCACAGCCCCGGUGCAAGCGCAUCCUCACUUUCGCUCCGGACAUCCACUCGCAGCAGCAGCAGGAGGAGGAAGACGCGUCGUGUUGCGUGAAAGCGGCCGAGCUCGGUCUCUCCAUGCCGUGCCAUUACUGCGUCGCCGACACCAACUCGUCCAGUCCGGAGGAGCGGUGCGGCGAAGACGGUGAAGACGGCGGCGGCGGCGGCGUCACCACCGACGUCUCGUACGACGACGGCUGGUCGCCGGCGCCCGCCAGCGCCCACGGGAGCUACGUGGCGGGGCGCCGCCGCCACCACCACCACAACCACCACAACCACUACAACAACAACCACUACAACCACCACCAGCAGCAGCAGCUGCAGCAGAACCACAGUCAUCAGCGGCGGAGGCACGGCGAGGAGGAGGAGGCGGGCCGACACCAUCGCUGGGACGCAGGAGGUGGAGAUGGAGGAGGAGGAGGAGGCGGCCGUGACGACGUCCGCCACUGGAACCACGCGGCGCCCCCGCGAAGCUGGCGGCUGCUGGAGCCGUUCUCCACCUCGUCGCUCGAAGGAGACGACAGCUUCGAGCUGAUCCUGCGCGAGGCCGACGCGGACGAGAUGGCCACCGUGCGCGCCGUGCUCCACAAGAAGGAGAAGCGGCGGAGGGACGACGGCGCCGACGACGGCGCCGACCGCGGCGCCGGCAAGCGCCGGCGGGACUCCGGCCGCUUCUUCUGCUGCUGUCGCCGCGGAUCCGAACCGGGAGGCGGAGACGGGACGGGCGGCCGCGACGGCGGGCGGCGGUGCUGGCGCUCGCUGGGCUCGUGCGCGCUGGCGCUGCUGCUGGCGCCGUGCCUGGCCUACGCCGCGUUCGCCGCGCUGCCGUGGAGCGCCCUGGCGCCGUGGAGGGCGGCCGCGCCGACGACGGCCGAGCGGCUGGCCUACGCGCUCCGCUGCGGCGCCCUCGCCCUGCUGCCGCUCGUGCUGGGCAUGCUGGCGACGGGGCUGGCGCUGCUGCUGCGGCAGCUGCGAGGUGGUGCCGCGGGGACGUCCACCGUGCGUGCCCAGCGCGCGUUCGUGAGCGACACGGCCCAGCAGCUGCUGCUGCACCUGCUGGCGGCACUCGUGCUGGCGCUCAACGUGGAGCCACACUUCCUGCCUCUCGUCCUCGUCACGGCCGCACUCUUUGUGAUCUCACGCCUCGUGUUCUGGGCCACCAUCAGGAGCUGCUACGCCGGCUUCGGCUUCUGCCUGAGCUUCGCCCCGUCGCUCGCGAUGCUCUGCCACGCGCUCUACUGCCUCUUCACGCUGGGGCCGGCCGGCCCGCACGGCGGCCUCGACGACGGGGGCCACGGGGGGACGGGGGCCCGCUCGCCGCCACCCCCCCACGUGCCCCCGGAGGUGCAGUGGUGGGGCAGCUGAGCCGCUGGAGACGGCCCGCAGCCCCCGGCGCUAAUCGCAGGGGGGCGAGGCCGUGGUGGCCGCCGUUUCGCUCUCUCUCUCCCGCCGCCCGUUUUACCGGCGGG